CAAGUUUCCAUUUCGUCUCGUCUCUGCUCGGCUCGCCCGAGGGGGGGCAGGAAAUCUUCCACUGACUUCUCCCGUGUCGGGUUGCCCCCCGUCGCCUGCGCCUGCCUGCCUCCGUCGCUGGCUGUGGCUCUCUCUGGCUCGCCGCGACGCGCCGCCGACUCCCCUCCUCACCUGCGCGGCUCGCCCGGGUGGUUGCGGCGGUGGUUGAGGUUUAGUAGAGGAGAGUAGAGGGGAAGGCGGCGGCCGCGGGUUGGAGGAGGGGAGGGGAGACCUGGUCAGUGCGCUGCGGUGCCGGCGCGGGGAUGGGGAACCGGGUCGGCGGGAGGCGGCGGCGGCCGGCGGUGGAGGAGCGCUACACGCGGCCGCAGGGGCUGUAUCCACACCCGGACAUCGACCUGCGGAAGCUGCGCCGCCUCAUCCUCGAGGCCAAGCUCGCGCCCUGCCACCCGGGCGCCGACGACCCGCGCGCCGACCUCGACGAGUGCCCCAUCUGCUUCCUGUUCUACCCCAGCCUCAACCGCUCCAAGUGUUGCGCCAAGGGGAUUUGCACGGAGUGCUUCCUUCAGAUGAAGUCGCCCACCUCGUGCCGGCCGACACAAUGCCCGUACUGCAAAACACUGAAUUAUGCAGUAGAGUACCGCGGCAUGAAGACCAAGGAGGAGAAGGGCAUAGAGCAGCUUGAGGAGCAGAGGGUGAUCGAGGCGCAGAUCAGGAUGCGGCAGCAGGAGCUCCAGGAAGAUGCAGAGCGGAUGAAGAACAAGCAGACCGCCACAUCCGCUGACGCAGUACCAACUGCACAAGUUGAAUGUUGUGUUACUGACGGCACAACGACACCAGUUGCAAGCAGUGUGCAAGGCAAUGGUAGUGAUGCUCUGUCGUCCCAAGUGCAGCACUCGGAGUUGCUAUUGAGGAAUUCAGAAGCCUUCAAACAGAUGCGGGGCAAUAACUUUGAUAUGGAUCUUGAAGAAGUUAUGCUUAUGGAAGCGAUUUGGCUCUCUAUACAAGAUCAGGAAGCUUUGGGAAAUCCAGGAUGUGCCGGCGCUGCUCCACCAUCAAUUCCUUCAAGGCCUUAUGAUGCUUCUAUGACAACGAUGGCUGAAGCAGCUUCUUCCGGCGGAUUGGCUUGUGCAGUCGCAGCUUUAGCUGAAAAACAGCAUAUGCACGGAGAGUCUUCUAGCACACCCACUUGCCAGACAACAAGGUUUGAUGUCCUCAGCAGAUCAGACAGAUCCUCUAUGGAGGAUCUGAGCAUAGUUGGAAGCAGUUCUUCAGACUCCAGGGUCGAGGAACCAUCAAGCAGCAGAACACACCGGACAAUAUCGGGUACGGAGUGUUCUAAUGAUCGGUGGUCUGAGAUCACUGAGGCUGGUACUAGUCAUGCUGGAUCUGAUGUUACAGUGGAGGCUGUUGCUGCCAAUUCAGCCACCUCAGUUGGAUCUAUCAUUGCACCUAGCAGUGUUCCCGAUAGCUUUGAGGAACAGAUGAUGCUGGCCAUGGCUCUUUCGUUGGUGGACGCCCGUGCUAGGGCAAAUUCUCCGGGCUUAGCUUGGCGGUAGCAUUUGCUGGUAGUCUCUUUCACUCCCUUUAUUUAUUCUUUCAGUUGUGUGUGUUUUGUCCCUAGAGAUCCUUUUGCCACAUAAAACACAGGAUUAGAUUGGGAACACGUCCAGCCUUGAAGAACUGGUCGUGGUUGUUGUGAAUAGUGGGGUAAAUCUGCAGGUUUAAAGCCAGAGCUUGGCUAAUUUUAUCUCUUCUUUUGUUUCUUUGGGGGAAAGAAAUUGGAUUCUUUUAGGUCCAGGCAGACUUCUGCCUACAAAAAAUGUGGCUGUUGAUGUCGCAGACACUGUAAAUACGGAAAUUCACUCCCUUUUUUUCCAUGUUGCCGGCCGCCGGUGGUAUAUUAAAACUCCUAUAUUUGGCACGGAAAC